UGCUACUUCGCUAAAUAAAAAAAGCUCCUAUUAAACCCGACUGUAGCCCGCAGGACGUCCCGGUUCACCGAGCCCCGACGUAAAGACGCCUCUCCGCGCGGUACCGGAGGGUUACCGGCGGCUGAGCAGCGUGAGAGACGCGGUAAAGCAGCGGAGGCCGUGCGGGCCGUGCGGGAUGGUGCGGGAUGCGGACUGGCUGCUCUGCGCCUUCAGACAAAGCUCAGCUAACAGGCUAACGGCUCAUUAGCUUCACUUAACGUUCUGCACGCAAGCGGCUCCGUGAGCGCGCGAUCCUCCCGGUGAGCCGCCUGGUACCGAGCUAACGGGGAGAGCUCCCCCCCCAACACGCGCACAGACGGCACCGAAACCGACAUUCCGACUAUUUACGACGUUUCCGUGUUCGGUUGUGCGAUGGGAGUUUGUCUCCUCGGAGGAAACAUCAAGCUGAAGAAUCGAGACCAUCGGCUGAACUGAACACGCGCACACACACACCACAGAGGGAGUUGUUUUUCCACCUCGAGGUCAGCCACUGCCAUCCCACAGUGCAUUGCUGCUUCAACCUCGUCCACCAUGUCGGACGCCCCCGAGGUUGCGCCCCCCAGCCCCCCCACAGUGACCAACCCGGCCCCCCCGGAGGUCACCAAUGCCACCAAACCUGGCAGGAAGACCAACCAGCUGCAGUACAUGCAGAACGUGGUGGUGAAGACUCUGUGGAAGCACCAGUUCGCCUGGCCCUUCUACCUGCCGGUCGACGCCAUCAAGCUCUGCCUGGCAGACUACCACAAGGUGAUCAAGAACCCAAUGGACAUGGGAACCAUUAAGAAGCGCCUGGAGAACAACUACUACUGGAGCGCCAGUGAGGCCAUGCAGGACUUCAACACCAUGUUCACCAACUGUUACAUCUACAACAAGCCCACAGACGACAUCGUCCUCAUGGCUCAGGCCUUGGAGAAGAUCUUCCUGCAGAAGGUCUCCCAGAUGCCUCAAGAAGAAGUCGCUCUGCUGCCUCCAGCUCCCAAAGGCAAGAGCAAGAAGCUCACUGCCGCUCCGACAGUGAGCCAGCAGGCGGAGUCUUCAGCCUCCCCUCCUCCCCCCUCCUACCCUUCCCCAUCCCCAUCUCAGACACCUGUCAUCUCGACCACGCCCACACCUGUCCAGACCACGCCCCCUGUCUCGGCUCUGCAGCCCCCGGCAACCAUGAUGCCGUCUGCGCAGCCCGUCGUCAAGAAGAAAGGUGUGAAGAGGAAAGCCGACACCACCACCCCAACCACGUCGGCCAUCUCUGCCGGUCGCGCCGACUCUCCCUCCGCUCUGGACACUAAACCCCCCAAACUGGGCUCGUCCCGCCGUGAGGCCGCCGCCCGACCUGCCAAGACCCGCAGGGAGACGGUAGAGGAGGUGGCAGUGGUAGAGGUGGGAGGAGGAGGCGGCGGAGGAGGAGCCGGGAGGAGUAAGGGCGGUAAGCUAGGCGAGCAGCUAAAACACUGCGACGCCAUCCUGAAGGAGAUGCUCUCUAAGAAACACGCCGCCUAUGCCUGGCCCUUCUAUAAACCAGUGGACGCCGAGGCCCUGGACCUCCACGACUACCACGACAUCAUCAAGCACCCCAUGGACCUCAGCACCGGCAGGAAAAAAAUGGAUAAAGGAGAGUACACUGACCCUCAAAGUUUUGCGACUGAUGUCAGGCUAAUGUUCUCCAACUGUUACAAGUACAACCCUCCAGACCACGAGGUGGUGGCCAUGGCACGCAAGCUGCAGGACGUGUUUGAGAUGCGUUUCGCUAAGAUCCCAGAUGAGGGCCUGGAAGCAUCGGCCCCAUCUACAACACCAUUGGUCAGUAAAAGCACCGCCUCCUCUGACAGCAGCAACAACUCCUCCUCCGACGAAUCGUCCGACUCAGAGGAGGAGCGAGCCACGCGAUUGGCUGAGCUACAGGAGCAGGUUGGUGCUGCCGACCAAUCACAGUUGAAGGCGGUGCAUGAGCAGCUGGCCGUACUGUCCCAGGCUCCUGUCAGCAAGCCAAAGAAGAAAAAAGAGAAGAAAGACAAAGAGAAGAAGAAAGAUAAAGACAAAGGGAACAAGAGCAAGAUGGAAGAAGAGAAAAAGCCCAAAGCUGCUGCUCAGCAGCCAAAACCAGCCAAUCAGAAGAAGGCGCCAGCAAGGAAAGCCAACAGCACGGUGACCGCCACGAGGCAACCUAAGAAAGGCAGUAAGGCGUCGGGCGGUGGCUCGGCUAACGGUGACGACGCAGAGGAGUCAUCUCUGCCGAUGUCGUACGACGAGAAACGCCAGCUGAGCCUAGAUAUAAACCGGCUGCCGGGGGAGAAGCUGGGCCGCGUUGUCCACAUCAUCCAGUCCAGAGAGCCGUCGCUGAGGGACUCGAACCCCGACGAGAUAGAGAUCGACUUCGAAACCCUCAAACCAUCCACACUUCGAGAGCUGGAGCGCUACGUCAAAUCCUGUCUUCAGAAGAAGCAGAGGAAGCUACUGCAAAAGGCAGCUGGAGGUGGGGCGUCGGGAGGCGGGGCUAAUCGUUUGAGUGGCAGCUCCUCUUCUUCCUCUGAUGACAGUUCCUCAACAGGAACCUCCUCUUCCUCCGACACAGACUGAACACAUGGAUUUACAAACUCACAGCACACACAAAUGUUACUUUACACACACACACACACACUGAUCACACACAGAGUUUUAUCCACUCUAUAUAUACACACACACACACACACACACACACACAGCUCAAUCUAUCACCUGCAGAUAUACACUAACACACACAUCCAUGUAAACUUCCAUCCUGAAAAAACACAAACAAAAGACAGAGAUACACUCUCUGAACUUCUUACAAGACACAUAUAUAUAUACAUCAUAUAUUACAUAACACACACCACACAUCCAGACUUGGAGACUGUAUGUAAAUAGGCUGCCAGGUUUUUUAGCUCCUAGUGUUUUUUGUGUUUGUUUUCUUCCUGGAGGAAUGCCGACAGAUGGAAGAGAUUAAGAAGGAGGGAGAAGAGGAGAGACGUCUGUCUGUCUAGGAGUCGUACUGAUCCUCUUAGAACACCUUUCUUCUUCUUGGAUGGCCGACUGUGACCCCUGACCUCUGAAAACAUUCCAGAAGCAUCUAUAGAGCAUCUAUAGAGCAUCAUGGAGGUGGUGGUGGUGCAGGAGGUGGUGGUGAUGAUAUCAGUGGGUUUUACGUCAAUCAAGGUUUCUGAUUGGUCCUAAUUUUAAUUUGGUCUUUGGGACUUGACGGCCUGCGAGACACACGGGAGCCAAUCGGAGUCCUUCGUUGGUCCUGAACCUCAUGAAGCUGUUUGACGGUCUAAAGAGGAUCUGAAGGAUCAGGUUCCCGUUGGAAAGGAUCAGGUUCCUGUUCUUUAGUUGAUCUGAAGGCUCAGGUUCACGAUCUGAAUGAUCAUGUUCCUGUUCUGAAGAUGGUCUAAAGGAUCAUGUUCACAGGUUGAUGGAUCAGGUUCUGGUCUGAAGACGGUCUGAUGGAUCGGAUCCACGUUUGAUGGAUCGGGUCCAUGUCUGAUGGAUUGGGUCCGUAUCUGAUGGAUCAGGUUCACGUCUGAUGGAUCUGGUCCAUGUCUGAAGACGGUCUGAUGGAUCGAGUUCACGUCUGAUGGAUCGAGUUCACGUCUGAUGGAUCGAGUUCACGUCUGAUGGAUCGAGUUCACGUCUGAUGGAUCGGGUUCACGUCUGAUGGAUCGGGUUCACGUCUGAUGGAUCGAGUUCACGUCUGAUGGAUCGGGUUCACGUCUGAUGGAUCAAGUUCACGUCUGAUGGAUCGGGUCCACGUCUGAUCUUUAGAAACUCUAAAGAGCCGUUGGGUCCUUAUAGACCAUGAACCCUUUAGUCUGGGGGACACGUUUCAUGUGUAGGAGACGUCUGAUCGGUUAUCGAGGUUGUUGUUAUUAUUACAAUCAUGGACCGGUUUUCAAACUAAAAGUGUGAUGAAUGAUUUUCUAAAAACAAAAGUAAAAUCCCUGAGACCAGACCCUGUCUUCUGCAACCCAAACUCACAACCUACUGGACAACACCCCCCCCCCCCCCCCCCAACACACAAAGACAAACUUAUUUUUUAACACUACAUGUCUUUUAUUUUUCUGUCUUUUGAUUUCCAGGUUGAGUGCUGAACUUGUUUGUGACUUAUACGGUUCUCUAUAUAAAGAUGUCUUUUUACCGCUGUUUCACACACACACACACAAACUCUUCCUUUCAAUUCAGACAACCAAAUUGAAGGAAGUUGCAGUUUUCUGUCUUUAUUCUUUUAAAUUUAUUUUUUGUUGCUGAUUUUCAAAAUAAAUUGGCGGGAAAACAAGAAAUACUUAAACGUAUUAAAUACUUCAGUUUAUAUUUUUAUGACGGUUUACUUUUUAAAAUAAAUCUCAUGCGAGGAGGCAGAAAUCGAAACACGUGUUUCCUUUGAUUUUAACCUUCACAAACUUGUUUUUACUUCGAGCUUUAAAGAAACAAAGUUUGAUCCGAUUGGCUGCGGCCUGUCACGUUUGGGAUGACAUCACCACUUCGUGUGCAGCUGGUUGGUUGGAGGUAGCUUCCUUAUGUUUGGACUCGUUGGGUUGACCUCUGACCCCUGAGCUUGGGGACGGGGUGAACCGAGACCAGGCUCUCCUCUGAUUGGUCGGUUUCUUAUCGUGUAACCGUGUUUCACUCCUGAUCGGAUCAAUCGAAUUACAUCAUGUGACUUCUGCUCUCAAACACACGGCAUCUCCUGCCUGACCUUUGACCUGCUCGCAGCCAUGUGACCUGUCUGCUUCCCCCUCUUUGAUUGGUUGAACCUUGUGAACUGGAAGCUUCUGAUUGGUGAAGAUAUUGAUUUGUGAUUAUUGAUUCCUGUCACUGUCAUAAAACUGCAUCUGUUUUUACUUUCUGGCUUUCAACCAAACGUCUUCAUCGGGGUGGAGGUGCUCGGUUGUCAUGGAGAUGGCUCGGUUUUAAUUAUGGGAUGUCAUUUGUGCUUUUCGUCGUCGGAAUGAAGAAACGUGUGAAACGGACAUUACGGACUAAUCAAUAAGUGAUCAAUAAAUAAUGCUAAACACAUGUUCCUGCCGGUGUGAUGGACAGCUGGUUGCCACGGUAACCCGCCUCUGUUUUUAGUUGCUGGUCGAGCUUUGAUGCUAAUAGUUAAUUUUUGUAUUUUAAUAAGAAAUGGAAGUGAUUUUGUGUAUUUGCAUGCCGGCCGUACGUUCUCCGUAUGUGUGGCGCUGUGGCGCCGUGUCGUAGCGGUUCAGUAGCUCGGAGGUUAGAGAGCAGACGACCCCCAGUGGACUGUUGAUGUAAUUACUGAUAUGGAUCCUUAUUUUCUGAGUUCCUUUUGUUUUCAUAAAUAAACACAUAAACUGA